AUGAGCAGGUCGAAUUCGAAUGGGACUAGCCGUGGAUCGGCUGAGCGUAUCACUAGAUCUAAAUCACUUAUUCGUCAACCAUCAGUCAAUAACAUACCUCCAACAGAUCCGAAUAAACCGAUUGCCGGAAUGUUCGACGGAAAGGAGAAAGUCAACCGUGAACAGCCUCCAAUGCCAACAACUGAGGGUGUUGAAUACCCACGUGCUGCGAGUUGGGCAGCUGGCAAUUGUGCUAAUGUUCUCAAUGAUGAGAAAGGUAAACAAUUAUUUCGUGUCUUCCUCUUUCAAUCACUCGCUGAAGAGAAUCUCUCGUUCCUCGAGGCAAUGGAUAAGCUCAAGAAAAUGAAAAGUGGUGAUGAGAAAGUGGCAUUCGCCAAGGAGAUUCUUGAAACAUAUCAAGCAUCCAUCAACUUGUCAUCAAGCUCAAUGAAGUCAUUGCGUAAUGCAGUUGCCAGUGAAACUCUCGAUAUGGAAGAGUUCGCUCCAGCAAUCAAAGAAGUCAAACGUCUUCUCGAGAACGACCAGUUCCCACGUUUCCGUCGUUCGGAGCUCUAUCUCCAGUACUUGGAGGAACUCCUUCCACGUAAUUACGCCGAGAAAUGGGCUCAAAGCUUCGAGAGCCUUCUCGGUAAUCACGUCGGACGUCAUCACUUCCGCAUCUUCUUGCGUUCAAUCCACGCGGAAGAGAACCUUCGCUUCUGGGAAGCUGUCGUCGAGUUCAGAUCAAGCCGUCAUAAGGCCAAUGCAAUGAACAAUCUCGGACGAGUGAUUCUCUCGACCUAUUUGGCCGAAGGAACUGCAAAUGAAGUUUUCCUUCCAUUCGGUGUUCGCCAGGUCAUCGAACGUCGCAUUCAUGACAAUCACAUCGACAUUUCACUCUUCGAUGAAGCCAUCAAACACGUCGAACAAGUUCUUCGCAACGAUCCAUACGUUCGCUUCCUUCAAAGCGCUCAAUACAUCGAUCUUCUCGGCAAGCUCAAAAGCUCGUAA